AACACAUAACAAUUCUUAUAAAAUUUAAAAAUUUAACAUAAAAUUCAACAUGAAUUUGCUGACCAUGCUCAUUCCCUUAUUGUGCAUAACCGCCUUGAGCCUUCUGCACACCACCAAUGCUAAUCCCGCAUUUGAGGGUUAUCGUUAUGAGAAACCCAGCAUACCAUUUGAAUAUCCAACCGUUACAAAGAAGCUGCCAAAAAAUACUGACAUUAAGCCAACAACAACAGCAAUAGCGUCAACAACGAAAGUGGCAAAUGAAAAACUAAAUACAAAAUCGAAACCAAAUAGUGCAACAGCAAUAAAAACCACUACAAUAGCAACAACUUUAAACAAACACCAGCAGCAACAAAAGCAAGAAAAAUCUCAUGCAACAGAGAAAAUUAAAAAAUCCACAGUGAUAAACCCCACAGCAAUAAAGGCAACAAAUUUAAAUAUAAAAUCAAAUAAAAAUCCCGAAACACCAACAAUAAUAACAGCAGAAUCGGCUGCAACAACUGUAACUGUGGUGAAAAGAAAAACGGAUAAAUUAAGUUUAAAUCAAUUACCAACCAACAGCACGACUAGCAUUCAUAUGGCUACAACUGGUUGUACGCUGUAUAAGGCAGAGAAACAAAAAAACGUUCAAAAUAAAUUAGAGAAAGAGUUCAUAAAGAAAACCGAUCCCAAAGUAUUGGCUGCUCAAGAAGCAGCUUUAGAGAAUUUGCUGAAUCGUGAUAAUGGUUAUAUUUAUCGUUUACCUUCUAAAGAGCAGCAAGUUAAGAGUUUAGAUGAGAAUUUGCCUCAUACUGUACAUGAAGAUAAUCAUGCCAUUAAACGUUUAAAAUUGAAGAAUGAUGUCUAUGAAGUUGAUCACUCUGUGGGUGUGAAUAGUUUGAAAUAUUGCUGUAACCAAAGUUUUGAUAUUUUAAGAGGGAAAUAUAGAGAGUUGACUAAAAAUCGUCCUUUGGAAAGACGUUUGGCGCCGUAUACAGAAAAAUUGGCCGAUAAGGAAUAUUUUGAGUGAUGAUUCAUAAUAAACAUAAAUGAGCAUGACAGUAAAUUGUCAUAGUUUUGAUUAAAAAAAAUUUUAAAAUAUUUUUAAUAAAGUUUUUCUUUUUAAUCAAUUAAAUAAGAAUUCUAUUUCGCAUUGUCCAAAUAUUACAUUCAAAUUACAUUAUUAUAUUCAGUUAAACCUAAAUUCAAAAAUCAUGAGAGUGAGAACUUUCUUGUGUGUUUUACACUGAAAAUAAUCCAUGCCUACUUAAUACCUAUAUACGAAUAAUGUUGUACAUUGUACGAAUGCUUUGUCAUAUCGCAUCACGAUUUUGUUUCGUAAUAUAUAUUAACUUUCUUAAAUGCACGAAAUGUUCAUCAAUAUUAUGAAAAAGUUUUAUCGUAAAAGAAUAAAAGGCAAU